CAUCGAAAUGCAAAUUUCAUUCUACCAUGAUAAUUAUUUUAUUUUCAUGGUUACUAUUUGGAGCAUUAUCAUCAUUGGAUCCUAUGGAUAUUGGAAAUAAUCGAUAUUUCGGUAAAUAUGUUGGAUCAUUUGAUCGUGAUUGGAACAACAAUCAUCAUCGUCAUCAUAAUAUUAUUGUUGCCGGUGAUGUUUAUUUUGUUAAUAAACAUACAUUGUUUUUAUACAAUUUUAGUUUCGAUGGCCAAGAAUCAGAUGUCUAUUUCAAAGUUGGUGGCUACAACAUUGGCCACAAUGGUGGUCAUGGUUCAGAAGGAAUCAUAUUACCUGAUGAGCUUGGAAGAUUUCAUCAAUUGGGACGUUAUCAGAAUCAAAAUAUUUUACUCACUUUGCCGAAAGGAAUUUCUGUGGAUAAAAUUCGUUUGAUUUCAUUGUGGAGUAAAAGACUUUUGAAAAAUCUUGCUGAGAUACGUAUUUUCAAAUCGAUUGCCAUACCAGAAAUGAAAAAUUUAGGACCAUUGAUGGACACAAAAGAUUUGGUAAAAGCUAAAACUGUUAUGGCUGUCGAUGAUAAAACCAUUUUGAUCAGAAAACUUUACUAUAGUAUCGAAUGUUUACGUUGUGGUUUUUUUGUUGGCCAUGGUACGAUACCGAAUUUUUAUGGUAUUAAAAUACCAGAUGAACAUGCAAGCUUUUCAAAAUUACGUAAUUAUUAUAAUGAAGAUAUCAUAUUACGAUUACCACGUGAUAUAAGUCUUAAUAAUAUUGAUUGGUUCGCUAUAUAUGAUCCGGAAAAUAAUAAAAACUAUGGCUACAUUCGAAUCAAUAAUAAAGAUUUAAAUAUACCGCCAAGUAUGGCAUUCAUGUUGACUUAUGUCACAUUAUUUUCCAAUUGUGAAUCGAUACUACCUGGAUUGAUGCAUGUUUCAUGGGAAAUUCGACAUCCAGAUAUUUACAUACAACUUGAAGCAAGAAUCGCAUCGAAUCAAUAUGCUGCAUUUGGAUUGAGUGGUUCACUUAAGCAAAGUAAAAUGAUUGGAUCCGAUAUAUUCGUUACAUAUUAUGAUGCUGACAGUAAUAAAGUUGUUCUGGAAGAUUUCACUGUAACGGCCAAAACUCAAUGUAACAUUCAAACGGGUAUCGGUGUUUGUCCAGAUACGGUCGUAGGCGGUAACAAUAAUCUGGAAUUGCUUAUGUCUAGUUACAUUGAUGGAUUGAUCAAAGUUACAUUUCGACGGACAAUAUCGGUAAUGGGUGAUCAUCAAAAUGAUCUACCAUUUUUAGUUCAUGAUCCGAAUCCAAUUGUUGCAGCAAUCGGUACAUUGGAUACACAUAAAAAUCCAAGUUAUCAUACGGUAGCAGUUAAUACUAAAUAUCAUCAAUCCAAAUAUCGUCCAAUGACUGUUGUUAAUUUUGGCCGUAAAAUUACAUAAAAGAAAUUGUCAUGAAAAUUUAUGGGACAAAGUGAUCAACGAACCGGCAAAUAUUUUCAACACCAUAGCAAAUUCACAGCUUUCUGAGACAGAAAUUAU